UAAAUCGUUUAUUUGUUUGCUUUUAGAAAAAUUAAAAAAAGUCGAGCGUUUAAAUUGCCGGCCGUGGCUCUGGUUGUUUUACCGUGUCGAUUGUGUACCGUCUACCACGAGAAUUAAACUGGUUUCUAGAAGCUGAAAACGAAAUUGAGUUUAUAAGAUGGAUAAAGGAUUAGCAUAUACAUACAGCAGUAUUGCCUUCCCUAGGUACCAUUACUUCCGGACUCGAUUACACAGACUGCUACCAAGAUUGCACAAUAUUCUAGAAGCUGGAGGUUUGCCGGAUUGUGUGUCACAGGGUAGGACAAUACUUAAAAAGAUAUCAGCAGCAGCAGAACAUAUCACUGAUGAGGUCACUGUCAAUCUCUUUGCUGAUGCUGUCUUGUUGAAGGAACAAAAACUUGAUCUUCCUGAGCAGAAAACUAAAAUUAGCGAAGCUAGAUUGCAAUGGACUGGUUAUGUGAAAAGCCUUACAGAAACCAAUGAAUUCCAACCUACAGUGACUGUGAUUGUAUCACAGUCUGAGGAAAAGGUACAGGAUGAAUGUUGUAAACUGACGGAGGAUCAACAGGAAGGGGUGAUUCUCUUUGAUGUCAGCAGUAAAACCGCUGUCCUGUAUACUGACCUUGACCAGAGGUCACGUCAUAGCGAGCCAGUGAAGCGUACCCUUGUACAUCAAGUACAGUAUGUGUUAGAGAGGAAAGUAAUGGCAGUGUUAGAGAUGAUAGCAGGUUAUAAUCAGGAGUUUAUACCGCGUAGAGAAGAAGAAGUAGAUAGUUCGCUCUUAGAUGCUAUACAUGUGAUGCUGAUUGAAAGUUUAAGGAAUCCUUUUGUUGUCAAAGAUCUGUCACCAAAUAGUGAAGCUAUUCUUGGCGAGAAGAUACCCACUGACAGCGAUAUUAGCUUUAUGUCGCCAUAUAUAGCACGAGAAUGGCAAAGGGUGGCCGAGGUACUGGGUAUAUCAAAACCUGACUUAGACAGAAUCAAAUUGGAAUCAAACUCAGAUUUUGAAAGAUGUAGUCAUAUUUUACGGAUAUGGAGGAAAAGGGAAGGCGAUCAUGCCACAUUGAAUUACCUGCUUAAAUCGUUGAAAGGAGUUAAAAUUGAUGUUUCGAGUUUUGAAAGUUCCUUUCUAGCACUUGGUUCGGAUCAGAAGAAAGAUGAAAUAUUUAAGAAGAAACUCACGGACUUUGUUGUAAAUAAAACAAAAUGUGUAGUUUGCGACACACUGACCAGAAAAUUUGGAAUAUCUGCAUCGAUUAUCAACGAAUUUCUGAAUGAGGGAUUCUUUGACUACAAAGCGAGAGUAUUAGAAUUACUCGGAACAAUGAACAUGCCGACAUGGCCUCGUGACAGGACAGAUGAUGGAGUUUCUACUUGCCGCGUAUUCUCGUACAGGUGUGGGAUGAACAUGACUAAAUUGAUACAUAGUAUGGAAGACUACAUCAAAUCUAAACUGAACACAUUAAUUGUGCUGAAAAAGCUACAGUUUGAGCUUCAUGGUUACCUGACCCAGGCUAAGGUUCCAAUUUCCACGUCUGUCCCGGAGCUGCCAAAACUCCCUGUCAAUUUACAGUAUGAGUUGUUGAGCCUUGAUGAGGUUACUGGCUGCGGAACUUGCUAUGGUGAACUUGUGUUGCAUGUAAACAAGAUGUUAUACCCAGCCCGGAAAGAAGAAAUCAAGCAAAUAUUACAGGAAUAUAACUAUAUUGAAGGAUACAAAUAUGUUAUGAUGUCAGAACAGACUGAACAAGUAAGAACUAUCCCGCAUUUUGUGGAACUUGGACAUGAAUUGCGAGCACAGUUUGUUGGAGGUCAUGGGAAUUAUAAUCACGGAAGUUUAGGUUGCUUUUUUAAUUUAAGACCUAAACAGCAAGAGCACAGAGUGAGUCAGCAAAAUACAGGAGCGAUGGUUAGUAGUGGGUAUGAAAUCAGUGAAGCUAAAGAUCACUGUCUGACGUGUGCUCAUUGUUUAAGGGACUGUGAAGUGAACGUUGAAGCCAGGAUUGACAGGGCUGACCCGUUCCCUAGCUACCGUCAUUUGGGAACUAGGAAAUGUUUAUUAUAUAAUCCAGAAGCUGUUGACGUGGCAUCUGUUCAAGUUGCAGACGACAUUCUUGAGAGUUGUGACUCUCGUUUGAAAAAUUCUGAUGCUAUGUAUGUGCCAAAUUGGCGGGUGUUUGAUGUAGAUCCAAUUAGGAGAGAUGUCCACAAAGAAGGGUGUGCCUCUGGUUUUACAAAGGGAUUAGUCAUGUCAACAGAUUACAUGACCAAAAAAAUUAAGGAAUACAAUAUCAAAAAGUUUCAGGAAACUAGAUCACUGGAUGAAAGAUUUGACACAUCAUACAACAUUUUGAUUGAAUCUUUACCAGGUGCAGGGGAGCUAGCACAUGUUAUAUCAGGAGAAGCUGUUGAACAUUUUGAAGGUAAAAAACAGUGUUUACUAGGUUUUUAUUAUGCUUCCCAAUGA